AUGGAUACAAUAUUAAUGGGAAGUAAUGGGCAAUAUGCCUAUAAAAAGACUCAUUCUCCAAGUAGGACUGCGGUGCUCGGAUUCUGCUUAUUACCGUUGUAUCCUGGGAGACAGCCGCUCGAACUGAACCUCCAGCACCUACGUUUCUUGGAACUAAUAUUUGGUUUGUUUUCAGAAAUGGCAACUGAAUCGAACAACAUGGAUGUGACCCAAAAUGUUCCCGCUGGAAAUCAGGUUGUGGGUUCUAAUGUGGCUCAAGGGCCAAGCUCUAUUGUGGCUCAAAUUGUGGCUAGAAUGCCAAGUCAUGUUGUGAGCCAAACUGGUCAAAAUGUAACUGUUCCACUUAAUGAGGGCGAGGGAGAUGUGCAAGCAUUAAGUGCUCUUGAUGCUUGGAAGCAUUCGGACUUUCUGUGCCGAAAUUAUAUCAUGAAUAGCCUAGCAGAUGCGCUGUACAAUGUGUAUAGCACCAUGAAAACUGCUGAGGAAUUGUGGGAGUCCUUGGACCAGAAAUACAAAACUGAGGAUGCCGGGGCUAAAAAGUUUAUACUAGUGGAUCUUCCUCCAGGAAGCAAACCAUUAGGCUACAAAUGGAUUUUCAAAAGGAAAAUGAAAGCAAACGGAACUAUCGAGAAGUAUAAGGCCAGAUUAGUAAUUAAAGGCUACAAACAAUGGGAAGGCCUUGAUUACAUUGAUACGUAUUCUCCAGUGACUAAAAUAACAUCUAUUAGGAUGAUACUUGCAAUUGCCGCUUUGCUAAAUCUUGAAAGGAGAAAGUAUCUCUCAAGUAGAAUACUCGAGAGUUAUCGGAAGUCUAAUUUACUUAAUGAGUUGUAUUAUACCAGACAUAGCCUACACAAUAUCCAGCAGUCAUUGAAGGAUAUAGUAAUGCUAAUUGGAUAUCUAAAAGACUUAAAAUCCACCAGUAGAUAUGUGUUCACAUUGGGUGGUGCUGCCAUAUCAUGGAAAUCCUCCAAGCAAACGCAAUCUAAUACACUCGAAAAUCUCAUCUACAUUCCUGCAUACACAGUUUCUUCUUUUCUGCAUGCCCUAUCUAGUAAGGUCUUGUGGUGA